GCCAUUCCCUGCGACCAAUAAACUAAAUAAACUAAACAACUACAUGGUGCAACCGCAAAAUGAAAAUGGUCACUUCGACAGUAACUGCAAAUCUCAUUCCCGCGAAAUAUAAUCCCCAUAAUGUAAUUCAGAUUCCAAAACUCAGCCCUUUUCCGAAUAGAAAACUCAGGAGGAGGAGCAUAGCUUGGCCGAAUCUCCUAAUUACGAUGGCGGAAGGCAAUUCAUCCAAUGGACAAAAACCCUUUCCUGUGAUUGUGCAGGAGAGAAUCACAAUUCCAAACAAGGAUGGAGUAAAAUUAGUGGGGCUGCUGGAUGAUACUGGCUCAAAAGACCUUGUUAUCAUUUGCCAUGGAUUUCGAUCAUCUAAGGAGAGUGGGACUUUGGCUAAUCUGGCAACUGCAUUAACUAGCAAUGGGAUUAGUGCCUUCCGCUUCGAUUUUUCUGGAAAUGGGGAAAGUGGAGGCGAGUUUCUGUUUGGAAACUAUUGGAAUGAAGUUGAAGAUCUUCGAGCUGUUGUGCUGUAUUUCUCAGGAAAAGAGCGUAAAGUAAACACCAUUAUUGGACACAGUAAAGGAGGCAAUGCUGUGUUACUUUACGGUUCCAAGCAUCAUGAUAUUGUUGGGACUAUUAUCAAUAUUAGUGGACGAUAUGACUUGACAAAAGGCAUAGAAGAUCGCUUGGGUAAAGAUUUUGAACGUAGGAUCAAUGAAGAUGGAUUUAUUGAUGUUACAAAUAAGGAUGGGAAUGUGAUAUAUCGCAUAACAAAAGAGAGUUUGAUGGAUCGACUGCAAACAGAUAUGAAAUCAGCAGCACUUUCUAUUCCCAAAAGUUGCAGGGUUUUGACCAUUCAUGGCUCUAAGGAUGAGAUUAUUCCUAUUACAGAUGCCUUCGAAUUUGAUAAGCUUAUUCCAAAUCACUCUCUUCAUGUUAUAGAUGAGGCCAAUCAUAGUUAUACUUUCCAUCGAAAUGAUUUGGCAUCUGUUGUCCUGAACUUCAUAAAGGCUGUUUGAUAUACUUUCAAAGGCAAUGUAGACCAAGCAGCGCCUUGUUCGAGAAUUCUAUGUUUCAUUCCUUUCAAAUGCUUUCUUCUCAAAUAUUUGGAUUUUUACGGGAAAGAUUAUUGAUUUUAUAAUCAAAUGAUAUCUCCUAUAAUUUAUUUUUUAUCUUUAAUAAAUGAAGAAUAUAUGUUGCUAUGAAA